AACUGAAGCUCUCCUGCUGUCCUGAUCAGGAUGGGACUAACCUGACUUCAUGUCUACGCUCCACUGAUGUCAGAUGAACAAUGUCAAGCUCUCAGGAGCCCGGGAUGGGCACAAAUCUGACCGAUGUUCCCCGGGAGCUGGGUGUCUCCGGGGCCAGCCAGGAUCCGGUCUGGUCCUCCACGGUGAACAGCGUGGUGAAGAUGCUGCUCAUAUCUCUGAUCGUGUGCGUGUCUUUGUUUGGGAACGUGGUCGUCCUGCUGGUGUUCCAGAGGAAGCCUCAGCUGCUUCACGUGGCGAACCGCUUCGUCCUCAACCUCCUCCUGGCGGACCUACUGCAGACCGUUUUAGUCAUGCCGUUUGCCAUCGCAGCCACGGUGCCGGGCGUGUGGCCGCUGGACGCUCGGCUCUGUCAGGCUCUGGUGGUGCUCAUGCAUCUUUUUGCUUUUGCUGGGGUCAACACUAUCAUAGUUGUCUCCGUGGAUCGCUACCUGGCCAUUAUCCACCCUCUGUCGUACCCCACCCGCAUGACCCCUCACUUGGGCACUAACCUAAUCAUCUGCACCUGGGUGCUCAGUUUCCUGCAGAGCACACCUCCCCUCUACGGCUGGGGGACUAUAGACUUUGACCGUCGUCACAAUAUCUGCUCUGUCGUGUGGUCUUCUAGUCUCUCCUACUCUGUUGUGGUGUCCACUUUUUCAUUCUGGCUUCCAGUUCUCAUCAUGCUCGGAUGUUACUGGAUGGUAUUCAGAGCCGCCCGCAGACAGAAUGCUCUUGUGCACCCCAUUCAGACACAGUCCUACUCCCAGCCCUGCCCACAGGAGUUCCAGGGAUCCAGCAGUCCACAGCGGCAGCCUCAGCCCCAGCCCCAGCCCCAGCCCCAGCCCCAGAACCAGCUCCAGCCCCAGCAAGCCAGCUCACCUGAAGGCCCUUGCUCAGCAAGACGAUACCCAGUCCGUAUCAGACACAGACGUUUCCAUUACCACUGCAAGGCAGCCCGAGUAGUUUUUGUGAUCAUGGCUUCAUAUAUUCUCAGCAUGGGUCCUUACAGCAUACUGAACACUAUAUCUAUGAGCACCAGAGCAGCUGUCCCCCCAUGGUUAUCCUCCCUUGCCCUUGUUCUCUUCUUUUUACAGUGCUGCCUACAUCCCUACAUUUAUGGCUACAUGCACCGCAGUGUGAGGAAAGAAUUCCUGGCUUUGCUCUGUGGGCUCUUCUGCAAGCAAGGCCGCACCAACCAGAGCUCAGCGGUGGAGAGCUGCUUCACUACGACCGAGGGCCGCUCGGGGGCCCACCCUCACCUGCCCAGCCUGGCUGCUCGAGUCUUCCCGCUUCGAACUUGGGAGGAGUGCACAACAUCCUCCUCUCCCACUUUCGAGAGGAAGUCAAGAGACAGCCGCAAAGACACCACCUCUACCAGUAUCAGCUCUGAAAGGGAGCUCACAGUCCACAGCAAACGAAGCACAUGAACUGCCUUGAGUGCUCACUGACCAUUAUUGCUCUUAUCUGCGGAGUUUGCGGUGCUGUGUUCAAGCAUAAGCUAAUAUUCUCAACAGUGUGAUUUAACUCUGAGGUCGUUGACGUUGGGAGCAGUAAUACUACCUACCUGAUCACAAACAGAAACAUUUUAUACUAU